AUGUCCCUCAAUAAUGUCACUAGCGGUGUGACCGGGCAACUUCCUGUUGACAAAGUCCAAUCAACAACAAGCGGAGUGGUCAAGAAAAGCACAAAAAACACACCAAAGAAACUAAACAAAACGACAAAGGACUUGACCAAUCCUGUCCUCCCAGGUCAAUUUCCUUCUGAUGAUGCUCCACCAAAAGGCUCAAAUGUUGACAAUAAUCUCUCAUUUUCAUCGAUAUGGUCCUCCAUCACAGCAUGGUUCGCUACACUAUUUCCUCAAGCUUUUGACUACUUCGAGUCCUGCAUCCAGAGAUUCGUGGCCUGGCUCCUCCCUCCGCCCCGCCAGGCUGCGAUAUAUGAAGCUGCGCUAAAGCGCCCUGCCGCAACAAGCUUGAUCGUUUGUCAAAUGAUUUGCUGUGGAGUUCCUCUACUCGUAUUCCUGGCUGGCGUGUUUGUCUUCGCUGCAGUGUCGAUCCUGCUCUGGGCUGUUCUGUCGUUGCUCAUUCUUGGUCCUGUGUUGUUGGUCACAAGCAUGAUGGGUAUGUCUCUGUGGGGCUGGGGUUGGAUCCUCUAUGGCUUGGUCAAGUGGGUUGAUCAGAAAUUCUUGGGUGGUGUUAUUGCACGUUUUUGGCUUCCUCAGACCCAAUCGGAGACGGCUGAUGGAGAGGGUAAGCCUGGGGAGGAGAAAGAGGAGAAAGAGGAGAAAAAGGAGGAAAAGGACGAGUAA